CUAAAUUAAAUGCUCCAACUCAAUUCCAAUUACACAUCAUUGCUUUGCUGUGCUUACCACCAAUACAACGAUUUUGACAAUGAAAAGCCAUGAUAUUUCCUACUAAUAUUGCCUUUUUAUCUCAUCUUUUUCCUAGCUUUUCUUCUUUUUUUUUUUUUUGAGGAAAUCUAGCUUUUCUUCUCAUGCUCUUCUUACAUACCUAAAAACCAAAUAUUUGUAAAAUUAUAAAUCCUUUACGUCAAUGGAGCCCAAUAAGUAUUCUAGAGUUUUCGCUAUUUUGAUCUUUUGUCUUUUACUCAAUCCUUACAUCAUUUCAGGGGUAGCAGAAAUGUCAAAAGUAAAAGAAGAAGAUGUAUAUGAGAUUGAUUAUAGAGGUCCGGAGACACACUCACACAUUCCACCUCCAGAGCGAUUUAAAAGAAAUCCAUACAUACAUCACAAAGUUGUGACAACAUCUAGGCAACCAGCUGCCAUCAAUAUUAGGAAAAUGGGAAAGUAAGUUGCCCAUCAUCAAUGCAAAGGGAAAAUAGAUAUAUAUUUGUUCACCUUUGGUUUUAUAGUUUUCUUCGAAUAUAUAAGAAUAAUGAGUUGUAUCUAAAUUUAUCUUAUGUGAUUCAUACUAAAGGCUUUUUAUUUUAUAAAACUCUCGUCUUAACAACUAUAUAUAAUAAUGCUUUGGAUUCAAACCUUGUAAUGGUUGUUAUAUUACUUCUAUGUGUUUCAAUUGUUUGGGUAUAGCCUUAAUUGAAAAACAUACAUUUAGAAUUGAAAGAAUUGUUGAAAAAUAAUACAAAUUUUUAACGGUCCGCCAAAAACAAGUUAAUCUUUUGAUUAUUUUUAAAAAUACAAACUUUAAGGGGUGUCCGCUUUAAACAAGAUACUUUACCUACAACAUAUAUGGGCGGUUAACUUUUUUGUUUUUUUUUUUUACAAAAUCGUUUAACAAUAUAAUUUACUUUUAAUCAAAACUUUAAGCAUGAACAAUUUCUCAUGUAACUCUUAAUUAAAUAAAUCCUAACUAAAUAAUUAAUUAAUUAGCUCCUAUUGUUAUUAUUA